GGGAGGCCGGGCUUGUGGGGCGUCUGGAGUGAGGGUUCUGGAUCCCGGCCGCGAGGAUUAUUAAAAUGAGUCUUCGGAAGCAAACCCCUAGUGACUUCUUAAAGCAAAUCAUCGGACGGCCAGUUGUGGUAAAGUUAAAUUCCGGAGUGGAUUAUCGAGGGGUCCUGGCUUGCCUGGAUGGCUACAUGAAUAUAGCCCUGGAGCAGACAGAAGAAUAUGUAAAUGGACAGCUGAAGAAUAAGUACGGGGAUGCAUUUAUCCGAGGAAACAAUGUAUUGUACAUAAGUACGCAGAAGAGAAGGAUGUGAAGACUCCACAAGAGCGACACCUUUCAUACUUGGAUAUAUUUUUUAUGAAAUUUUUUCUAUAUUUUUGGUUCUUUCAUGGUAUGAUUUGUCCUGUUUUUACAAG